AUGACUGUUGCUCCCAUAGAAGGUCUUCCACCCUCGUGCUACUACUUCCACAGUUUCAUUUCUCCCGCCGAGGAAGAGCAGAUCAUCAAAGACAUCCGCAGACUGCCUGAGUCGCGAUGGACUGCACUGGCUCACCGAAGACUCCUAUCUCUUCCCUCGAACCUGACCGGCUCUUCUCACGACAUCCUGGUUGAUGCACCUUUGCCUACCUACCUCGACCCUAUCGUGGCCCGGCUCAAGGACCAAAAGUUCUUUGAAGAGUCCCCCCACCGAGCUCCCAAUCAUGUCCUCAUCAAUGAAUACAGGCCCGGGGAAGGAAUCAUGCCUCACGAGGAUGGUCCAGCGUACAGUCCGAUUACUGCUACAGUCAGCUUGGGCAGCCAUACUGUUCUAGAGAUCUACCAGAAAACCGAACAGGGUGAGCGGGAAGCGAAGCCCACCUGGCGCAUCUUGCAGGAGCCUCGAAGCCUGCUUGUCACCACCGGCGACAUGUAUGUGCACACCCUGCACGGAAUAUCCGAAAUAGAGACGGACGAAAACCUCAACCGGCACAACAUCGUCAACUGGGAUCUUCUGGGGGAUGGAGACUUGUACGAGUCUGGCAGAAUCAGGAGGCAGACACGAAUCAGCCUGACACUACGCGAUGUUGUGAAGGUCGCGAAACUGGGAGGUGCCAUGAAAUUCAUCACCAGAGGAAGGUCAUGA